AGGCGCAUCAAAAAGCCAACUUUAAGUGUUGCCAGAGCAGGCCAUGGAAGGCUGCGCCUUGCGGGUUUUGGAGUGUGGACCGCCCCUCAGAAAUGUGGCGUAGAGGACAGUCGAGAGUGCCAGGAUGCAGACAUCAGCGAGGAACAUAUGGCCCUGUCUUUCAGAGACAGAGUAGAGAUCUGGAGUUUGCGAGAAAAUAAACCAGUGUGGUGUAUGGAGGUGAAGACAUCUGACAAUACUGGGCCCUCACUUGCUUUCCCGUUAGUUCCAGGAGGGUACAUAGCUUCCAGGUCUCCGUUUUACCGUCCACUUUCCCCACAACUACUAGCGAUUAGCCUGGCAUUGGGCACACAGCAUGCUGUCCUUCUCAGUGCGUCUGGAGUUGUCUACACCUGGGGAUGUGGCAGUCAUGGGCAGCUGGGACAUGGGGACCUGAGCCCGGAGGAGGAGCCCAGGGCUUUGGAGGCACUAAUGGGGUUACAAAUGAGCAGCGUGGCAGCCGGGGGGUGGCACUCUGUUUGCAUUAGUGCUGGAGGUGACCUGUAUGUGUGGGGUUGGAAUGAGAGUGGCCAAGUGGGACUACCAUCACGAUCCCUGAGAGGGGGGCAGCUGAAGACCCAGUGUGCAGGUAGUGCCAGCACAUGUAAAGACCAAGAAAACAGCGACGAAGUGUUCAUAUCAAUCCAGGCCUUUCCAGCCCUGGUGGAUGUCACAGAAUUAUGUGAGGUUAGCAAGGUCAGCUGUGGGUCACGCCACACUGCUGCAGUCACAAGUAGUGGGGAUCUCUACACUUGGGGCUGGGGUGAAUACGGCCAGCUGGGACAGGGGAACAUGAGCAGUUCAGAUGAGCCAAAACAAGUCAGGUUUUUCAAGGACCAGGGGCUACGUGUGCUGGAUGUAGUGUGUGGACCAUGGAACACUUUUGUUUCUGCUGUCAAAGAGGACCCUCCUCAUCCUGAAGAUUUAUCCUCUGCACUGACUAUAUAAAAAACUGGAUUAAUGGGUUGAGCAUAUGAUAGUGUACUUUUGGAUUGACAAUUUUUAUGGCAAUUUCUCAGACCAAUAAAAAAAAUAUAAUACUUUGUGAA